CCGCUGCACCCCCCCCAACCCCCCCUCCAGUUUCGGACUUGGUGGGCGAAGACGUUCAGUCCCGUGGAAAGCGAAGCCUGGGUUACUGUCAGAGCCACGAAGCCCCGAGCAUUUAGCACUUUGUUCAGGGAAGAUGCUACUGGCCUUUUGGGAACAUGUGUCGAAGCAGCCAGAGGGUGGAAUAUUUGAAGGGGCGAAGCCGCCUGAGGUGAUAUCGCGAGUCUUUUGACAUGUUGAGGUCGUGCAGGGGCUUUUACGUAUAUGCAUUUCACGUAUGGAGUGUAUGCUCCCUGGUUCCUAACAUAGGGUCGUGAAUCAGGGCCCAGUGGGAGAGCAGAAAAAGCAGAGCCCUUCCCAGCCACCCGAGAGCAAAAGCAGCCCGGCUUUUGGAGGGCACUGUCAGAGCGGUAUCAGUUCCGAAAGCUCCAGCUCUUCUCUGAGAGGGAGACCAGGUGAUGGCAGCCAUACUCCUGACAGCCUGGCCCCAGAAGUCCGUGACCUUCGAGGAUGUGGCUGUGUACUUCACUCAGACGGAAUGGGACAGCCUGUCCCCUGCACAGAGGGCCUUGUACAGGGAUGUGAUGCUGGAGAAUUAUGGGAAUGUGGCUUCCCUGGGAUUUCCACUUCUCAAACCUACUGUGAUUUCACAACUGGAGGGAGGAGGUGAGCUGGGGGGCCCAUUUCUACUGGCUGCUGGAACAGAAACAGGCCCCAAGGCCCUUUGGACUGUAGAUAUUGAUAUCCAGACUGAUGAUAAUUUGACAAAGGAAAUGUAUGAAGAAAAAGUUAAUACAUCAUUUGAACUUCAGAAGGACUUUUCCCAGGAAACAGACUUUGCAGAAGCCUUUAUUCUAGAGAAAUGGCAGGAAGUUCACGCAGUAGGAAGUAUGAAGAAAGAAAACAGUGUCUUUGACGGAACACUGAAAGAAGACACAAGCCCCAUGAAGGGGUGUUUCUUUCGUCAACGUCCAAACUUGAAUCAGUGUCGUACCUUCUCCACUGGAGUGCAGUCCCCUGAGUGUACAGGAUUGGAGAAAGCCUUCAACUUUGACACAAAACUUAUUCAGCAUGAAAUAAUUAAUACUGGGAAAAGACCUUUCAAAUGUGAAGAAUUAGUGGAAACCUUUAGGUGUAACUCUCAACUUACUCAGCAUCAAGAUAGUUACACUGGGGAGAAGCCCUAUCAGUGUAAGGAGUGUGGCAAAGCCUUUAGUGUUCAUGCAAAAUUAAUUUGGCAUCAAAGACUUCAUAGUGGGGAGAAACCCUUCAAGUGUGUGGAGUGUGGGAAAAGCUUCAGUUACAGUUCCCAUUAUAUUACACAUCAGACAAUCCACAGCGGGGAGAAGCCCUAUCAGUGUAAGGUGUGUGGGAAAGCCUUCAGCGUUAAUGGGAGUCUAAGUAGGCAUCAGAGAAUCCACACAGGAGAGAAGCCCUAUCAGUGCAAGGAGUGUGGAAAUGGCUUCAGCUGCAGUUCUGCGUAUAUCACACAUCAGAGAGUCCACACUGGAGAGAAACCUUACGAGUGUAAUGACUGUGGGAAAGCCUUCAAUGUUAAUGCAAAAUUAAUUCAACAUCAGAGAAUCCACACCGGAGAGAAACCUUAUGAAUGUAAUGAGUGUGGGAAAGGCUUCAGGUGCAGCUCCCAGCUUAGGCAGCAUCAAAGCAUACACACUGGAGAGAAGCCCUAUCAGUGUAAGGAGUGUGGAAAAGCCUUUAGUAAUAAUGCAAAACUCAUUCAGCAUCAAAGAAUUCACACAGGUGAGAAACCCUAUGAGUGUACUGAAUGUGGAAAAGCCUUUAGCGUCAAAGGGAAGUUAAUCCAGCACCAGAGAAUCCACACAGGUGAGAAACCCUAUGAGUGUAAAGAAUGUGGGAAAGCCUUCAGGUGUAACUCGCAGCUUCGGCAGCAUCUGAGAAUCCACACUGGGGAGAAGCCCUAUGAGUGUAAUGAGUGUGGAAAAGCCUUCAAUGUUAAUGCAAAACUAAUGCAGCAUCAGAGGAUUCAUACUGGGGAGAAACCAUUUGAAUGUAAUGAGUGUGGGAAAUGCUUUACUUCUAAAAGAAACCUACUGGAUCAUCACCGAAUCCAUACUGGAGAAAAGCCUUAUCAAUGUAAGGAAUGUGGGAAAGCCUUCAGUAUCAAUGCCAAACUAACUAGGCAUCAGAGAAUACAUACUGGGGAGAAACCUUUCAAAUGUAUGGAAUGUGAGAAAGCGUUUAGCUGUAGUUCUGACUAUAUUGUGCAUCAGAGAAUCCACACUGGAGAGAAACCUUUUCAAUGUAAGGAGUGUGGAAAAGCCUUCCAUGUUAAUGCCCAUUUAAUUCGACAUCAGAGAAGCCACACUGGGGAGAAACCCUUCAGAUGUGUGGAGUGUGGCAAAGGCUUCAGCUAUAGUUCUGACUGUAUUAUACAUCAGACUGUCCAUACUUGGAAGAAACCUUAUGUUUGUAAUAUGUGUGGGAAAGCCUUCAGGUUUAACUUCCAACUUAGUCAGCAUCAGAAUUUCCAUAGUGAAGGAAAAUCCUAAUGAGAAGGAUGUAGAAAACUGUCAAGGUUCGUGCUGAAAUGGAUCAAGUAUCAUCAGAUUCACCCUGGUGGAAAACGCUGAGAGGGGAAAUAAAUAUGACAGAGUCUUCACAUGGAAACAAGCCUUUUCCAUUUUAUUCCAUUUUAAAUCAGGAAUGAUGACCAGUUACAAAGUAACAUCCAAAAAUAAAUUAUUUUAUACCAACAACCAUAGAAAAUAUCCCAUUCCGAACAGCAUCAAGAAAAGAUUUUCUAGGAAUAGACUUAAUUAUUUUGGAGGACCUAUAUGGAGAAAUUAUAAAUCUCCACUGAGGGCCUCAAAAGGAACCUUAAAUAUAUGGGGGAGAGAGAGCGACCGUUUUCUUGGAUAUGAAAACUCAUAAAGAUAUUCAUUCUACCUAAAUUAAUUUAUUUCCCCUUGAUUUUUGACAACAAGCAUGCAUCCCUUUUGUAAAGAGGAAAAAAAAUAAAACUUUCCUUUAAAAAGGAAAAAGAUAAGUAAAUCUUUUUUUAUUUUCAUGGAAUGGAGAAAACCUUUUUAAGCACCAGAUGAAAGCUAGAAAUCAGCCAUAAGGGAAAAUACUGAUAAAUUCACUUUUCAAAAUUAAAUAUUUAUGUUUUUGUUUUAAAUAAUCUCAAAUAAGGUUAAAAGAUAAAGCACAAAAAGUAGAAAUACCUUUGUAAGAUUUGUGAUAUAAAAGUAUAAUAUCUAAUAUACCAGAGGUCUUAAGAGAAAGAUAAGUAAUUUAAUAAAACUCAGCAAAUGACCAGCAGCUUUUAAAAAGAUAUAAA